CGUCUACCGCGUCCAACUUUCCACCUCUCCGGCCGCCAUCACCAUCAGCCAUGUCGGACGCGGACGCAGAGCGCAAGGCCAAGGCCGAGCGUGCCAAGAAGCUCCUCGCCCAGCGCCGUAAAGAGAAGGGCAAGAAGGCCAAGGCGUCCGAGUCCGGCACGCCCGCCACGCCCUCAAGCCCCGCCGUGACGGGCAUUGAGACGCCGGCGUCCGUGUCGCCGCGCCCCAGCUUGAGCUUGGACGAGCGCCCAUCGCUCUCCCUCGACAGGAACGGCGCCGAGCCCCAGGCCGAGAAGGUGAAAGAGGAGGAGGGGAAGGAGAAGGAUGAGCGGCAGGCGCCUUCCAAAAGCGCAUCGGGCGACUCGGCCACCAACCUCCAUGAAUCAAUAACAAACCUCCUGGCUGAACGGGCCGACCUGCAGAAGGAAGUCGCCGAGCUCUCCUCCCAACUAUCUGCCGCCCGUGCCGACCAGCAACUUCUCGCGGAGGCGCGCGAAGCCACCGCGCGCAUGGAGGAGGAGAAGCGCGAGCUCAGCGAACGGAUCAAGGCCGCUGACGAGGCCGCCGUCACUGCCAAGGGCGUCGCGGCGGAUCUGGAACAGAUGAGGAAAGAUCUCGCGGACGCCCAGAAAGAGGCGGCGGAGGUGCGCGCAGCCAAGGAGGCGCUGGAGGGCGACCUCGAGGAGAGGGAGGGGCGUGAGGGUGAGCGCGUGGCGGAGCUCGAAAAGACGCUCGAACGUGCGCGGCAGCGUGAGGGGGCACUGGAGACCGAGGUCGGGAGGUUGAAACAGAGCAACGUCGAGGCCGCCGCGAGCUUGUCUUCGACGGAGAAGGAGCUGGCUGAUCUGCGCGAGUCGAGCGCCAAGGCCGAAGAGUCACUCAAGCAGCUCCGUGCGUCGCACGAUGCCCUCAGGAAGGAGCACGAGGCGCUUGCCGGCACCAACGCGGGCUUGGAGACACGACACAAGGACCUCGUGUCGAGCCACGACAAGCUCAAGGCCGAGCACGAGGCUUCGAGCCAGUCGCUCACGGGCUCUGAGGAAGCACUGAAGAAGGCCACGGCCGACCUCGCCAAGGCGAAGGAGAGCCUCUCGGUGACCACCAAGCGCGCAGACGCGGCCGAGAAGAAGCGCGACGGCUUGCACAAGGAGAAUGCGGACCUUGUGUCACAGCUUGACGAGCUGCGCGGCAAGGUCGCCGAGACGAUGAAGGAGAAGGCUGAACAAGCGGCGACGAUCGACAGCUGGGUCGCGACCAAGCAGGGCUGGGACAAGGAGCGAGCCGACUUUGAACAAAAGCUCGCCGCUGCACAGCCCGAAGCCGAAAAGGUGCCUGGCUUAGAGGAGCGCGUCAAGGCCCUCACGGCCGAGGUGUCCGAACUGAAGAAGACGGAGAAGACUCUUUCCGAGACCGCCAGCGCGCACACCAAGCUGCAGGUUGAACACAAGAGCGUUGUCGCGGACCUUGAGGCGGCGCGCUCGCAGGUCUCGAAGCAGGAGGAAAAGCUCGCGAUAUUGCGGAGUGAGCUCGACUCGGCGCAGGCUGCCGCGACCGAGAAGGAGGGGACGAUCAAGACGCUGCGGGCCGACGCCGAGAGGGCGCAAAGGACGAUAUCAGAGCACGAGGCUUGGCUUGCAACCCUAAGGGCCGAGCUGGACAAGGCUACCGCUGCCGUUAAGCAGCACGAGGAGGCAUCGGCCACGUCCAAGAAGGAUCUGGAGGCCGCCAAGGCUGCGCACGCGAAGGAACUAGACGCUUCCAAGGCCGCGCACAAGAAGGCGCUCGGCGAGACACAGGCUGACCACAAGAAGGCGCUGGAAUCCGUGGGUGCUGAGCAUGGUCAAGCGCUCGCGAAGGCGCGCAGCGACCAUGACGCGGCCGUCCAGAAACUGCGCUCGGAGCAUGAAUCCGCGCGAAAGGACACUGCGGGCAAGCAUGCCAAGGAGCUCGAGAAGACUCGCAGCGACCACGACGCCGCCAUCAAGAAGUUGCGGUCGGAGCUUGAGAGUGCACAGAAGGAUGCUGCAGGAAAGCAUGCCAAGGAGCUUGAAACAGCUCGCAUCGAGCUCACCAAGGCGACUGCUUCGCUCAAGGAGGCUGAGGCCAAGAUCAAGGAGCAUGAGGCGACCAUCGCCACGCUCAAGACCGAAAUUCAGGCCCUGCAGACGAAGAGCAAGGACCACGAGUCGACCUCUGCGUCACUCAAGAAGGAUCUCGACUCCGCGCAUGCGGCCGUCAAGAAGCAUGAGGCCUCGAUCGCUACUCUCUCCUCCGACCUCGAGGCCGCGCAGGGAACGGUUAAGGAGCGCGAUGCUUCAAUCACCAAGCUGAAGGCGGAACUGGACACAUCCAAGAAGAGCGCACAGAAGCACGAGGCGUCGGCAAAGUCUCUGCAGUCUGAUCUGGAUGCGGCGACUAAGAAGACUACCGAGGCCGAAGCGACGCUCAAGUCUGUGCGUGCCGAUCUGGAGAAGGCGCAAAAGACGUCAGCCGAGCACGAGAAGAUGGCUGCCUCGCUGCAAUCGGAGUUGGAAGCCUCGCAGAAGUCGUCCAAGGAGUACGAGGCGACGUCCAAGAGCCUGAAGAAGGAUCUGGAAGCGGCGCAGAGAGCGGCCAAGGAACAAGAGGCUUCGCUGGCGUCAUUGAAGAAGAGCCUGGGGAAGGCAGAAGAGGAAGUCGCGGCGCUUCGCAAGACUACCGACGAGCUGGAGGGCACAAUCGUCGACCUCAAGACGGACCUUGAGAGCGAGCGCGCAGCCGUCGCCGAGCACAAGGCGACGCUGGACAGCAAAGAGGCUGCGAACUCGGAGGCCGAGUCGAGCCUCACCAAGCUGACGACUGAGCUCAAGGCCGCGCGCAAAGCGACCAAGGACACGGAGCACAAGGUCGCGUCGCUUGAGCGCGAUCUCGCUUCGGCACGGUCUAAGGCCGAGGAGAAUGAGGGGUCGAUCAACAGUCUCAAGGUCGAGCUUGACGCUGCCCGGUCCGCAUCCGAGAAGCAAGACGACGCGGCUUCGAGUCUGAAGGCCGAAGUAGCGGCAGCAGCGAAGAAGGCCAAGGAGGCUGAGGCUGCGCUGGCAACCCUCCGAUCCGAGCUCGAGGAAGUGCGUUCAUCCUCGUCGAAGCACGAGGACUCGGCGGCAAGCCUCAAGAGCGACCUCGAGAAGGCGAGGAAGGAGGCGAAGUCUCACGAAGAUAACGCCUCGUCUCUCCGUGCCGAACUGGACGCGCUGAAGUCCGCUUCAGAAGGACACGUUGCGACGGCGGGCGCGCUCAAGUCGGAUCUCGAAACAGCUCAGCGGGCAGCAAAGGACGCUGAUGAAGCGCGCAAGCGCCUCGAGUCCGACCUGGAUGCAGCACGGGAUCUGGCGCGCCAGCACGAGGAGAGCGUCACGAACCUCCAAGUCGACCUGGACAUUGCGCGCGCCUCAGAGGCCGAGGCGGAGAAGACGCUGCAGCAGCUCAAGCGCGACCUGGACGCGGCGCGCGCGGCCGCCUCGAAGACAACGGCAGGCGAGGAGGCGCUGGCCUCGGCACAGGCAGCGCACGCGCUCGAGAUCUCAGACCUGCAAGCCAAGGUACGGCAGCUGGAGUCGUCGAGCCACGCGGCGAGCUCGCGGGCGCACGACCUCGCGCGGCAGCUGGCGGACAUGACGGCGGCGCAUGCCGAGCUGCAGCGCAGCGCGGGUGCCGGCGCCGGCGCCGGCGCAGCGGGGCUAUUCAUAUCGCCGGUCGAGGGGCGGUCGCCGUCGCCGCCCAUCUCGCCGCGAUGGCACGACCGUUCACUCGACGCCGGCUUGCCUGCCAGCGUGCGGCAUAAGCGCCAGGUGUCGCUCAACGCACUCAAGGCGCGUAUGGGGCCACAUCUGCCGCGGAGAGGCAGUGGACUGCGCCUCGACUCGGUCAGCGAGACCGGGAGCGGACGCUCCAGCCCCGCACCCUUGCCUGAAGCACGGCGGCAGCAGCAGUUCGGCGACGAAAUCAUGUACUGCUGCUCGGCGUGUGAAGGUGAUCUCGUUACAUUGUAGCGGGGGCACGGGGAGGCGGAGCAGAGGGAGGGGAGGCCAGGAGGCGAGAGCAGAGUGUAGACAAGAUAAUAAGCAUUGCAUACAUACACUAUCUAUCCCAAG